AUGAUCCGGAGGAAGACCGAGUGCGCGAGCACAAACCAAAGAUACAACAGUCUCCUUAUUCAACAUCAGGAAGCCCUGACAGCGGGCUUGGUGGAACUGUACAGGCGGCUCGCCGGAGGUCAGAAAUGGGACGGUGCUCUAGUCGAAGAAGUCAAUGGCAACCCCAGCGUACACGGUAUCCUUGAACGACUAGGAGUGCUUGACCGCGACGAAGAUGCAAUUCCCAGCAAUUUCGACUCAUCCUCGACGCACACCAAGUCGGAACCUGUCUCACCCGUGAGCCUUGCGAAAUCUGUUCCUCCAGCUAUUGCACCGAAACCAAAAGUGCAGGUUCAAGCAACAACUCAUAGAGACCCGGUCUGCCAUACACCUGGUACUGCAGUUCUUGAACGGCGGAUUACCGUCGGCCAAUCGCCAAAAUCAGCCACAGCAACGACCAUGAGCCGGACGUCGACGGUGUAUGGACCGCAAUCUUCCCCAUUCGAUGGAAAUGAACUACCAGAACACAUGACAUUUUUCGCACAACACCUCUCCUCACCACGGACACCACCGUCGAACGCUCGAAGCUCACUCAACAGGCUCAGCAUGUCGUCGAUAUCAUGGGACUCGCCAAUGGAUGAGUUUGGCGAUGACUUGUUUGGCACGCCGAUACUUACACCCGGGGCAGAUGUCCAGCCAGCACAACAACGGCCGGGCCACCAGAUCGAACCUGUUCCGCAACCUCAGCCGCUCGGCCAAACUCCACCACAAGUCCAUCAGAAUUCGUACACGCUGCCCCCGUCAUUCACAUCUCCGCACCUGAGCGGCACGGAAGCCUACAGCAAUGAGUGUUUCUUCGAUGCGACUCUAGGCGCGGGAGUGUCCAUGUAUGGAUGGGAUAAUGGAUUGGUAGGUCCAGGCGGUAUCGAGUAUGUGCCUUGGGACACGGGAGUUUAUGUCUAG